AAACAAACAAUGGAUCAUAACUUAAUGCUAAAGUUUCAAGCCAUCAAGAAAUCAAAGAAGCAGCAGUUUCUGGACAAGGUUUUACUCUACACAUUCAUAGCAUUCGCUUGUUCCUUCUUCUGUUCCAGCCCUUUCUGGCUCCCUUACUUCUUGUCCUCAUUCAAGACCUUUCUAUUAGUCUCUUCAACAAAAAUGGGUUCAAUCAUGUACAACCCUAAGCAAUUAUUCUUUCUAGGCAACCUUAUCGUCGCUGUUCUCAUCGGAGAAUCCAAGUUUUUUGCUCGUUUUUCAGGUUCCGGAUACGACGAGCACAUCGACCAUCAUCGGAGUCCAAACCCCGGAAACGAUUCGAUCCUCGAAGUGAAAAGAGAGAUGAAAACGAAGCAUUGCGAAGAGAAGGUGACUAUGAUGAGGAGUUUCCGGAUUGAGGAUGGUAUUAGGAAAGUAAAGAAGGGAAGGAAUGAGUUGCGGGGAGAACAUGAAGGUGUUCUGCCCACUGAGGAGUUGAAGAAAAGAGCUGAUGAUUUCAUUGCAAGGGUCAACAUGCAAAGGAGGCUUGAAGCUACAUUAUCUGUUUAAGUAAAAGUAGUGAGUAGCCAUUACCGUAUUAGACAUAUAUAUACUUGUAUCCCGCAUUUUCCGUAAUCCGGAGAGUUGUAAUAUCUUUUCUUCAACUUAAUGGAGCUGCUGGCUGGUUUGUUUGAUUGUUUUGGUAUCAGAAUAGUUUUUAGUUUAUAUGAAUUUGAUC